CAACAAAAAAAAAAAACCCUAGCUUUCAUUUCGCUUCUUCUCCUGCCGCAGUCCCCAUCUUCUUCCGCCGUCUCCAUGGGUCGUGUCAUCAGAGCUCAGCGUAAGGGUGCUGGCUCCGUCUUCAAAUCUCACACGCACCACCGCAAGGGUCCGGCUAAGUUCCGGAGCCUCGAUUUCGGCGAGCGCAAUGGCUACCUGAAGGGUGUCGUCACCGAGAUCAUCCACGACCCAGGCCGUGGCGCCCCUCUCGCUCGCGUCGUUUUCCGACAUCCGUUCCGUUACAAGAAGCAGAAGGAGCUCUUCGUCGCCGCCGAGGGUAUGUACACCGGUCAGUUCGUGUACUGUGGUAAGAGAGCCUCUCUCGUUGUCGGUAACGUCCUCCCUCUCAGAUCUAUCCCUGAGGGAGCUGUCGUCUGCAACGUUGAGCACCAUGUCGGUGAUCGUGGUGUUUUCGCUAGGGCUUCCGGUGAUUACGCCAUCGUUAUUGCUCACAACCCCGAUAACGACACCACUAGAAUCAAGCUUCCAUCUGGUUCAAAGAAGAUUGUCCCGAGUGCCUGCAGGGCCAUGGUCGGUCAAGUGGCAGGCGGUGGAAGAACUGAGAAGCCUAUGCUCAAGGCGGGUAAUGCUUAUCACAAGUUCCGAGUGAAGAGGAACUGCUGGCCUAAGGUUCGUGGUGUGGCUAUGAACCCUGUCGAGCAUCCUCACGGAGGAGGUAACCAUCAACACAUUGGUCAUGCCAGUACGGUCAGACGUGACGCUCCUCCUGGACAGAAGGUCGGUCUCAUCGCCGCCAGGAGGACCGGUCGUCUCAGAGGUCAAGCUGCCGCCACAGCUUCCAAGGCCGACAAGGCUUAGUAGCGAUCUCUUAUCCAUAUCUUAUCUGCGUCUCUCUUUUUUCAGCAUUUUUGUUGUGUUUUGAUUCAGACUUCGUUCUUGAUUCCCAAUAUUCACAGUUGUUUUAGAACGUUCUAUCUGAGUAGAUGGAAUCUUUUGUUUGUCCUCAGUCGAAGAACUCGUACUCUCUGCAUCUGCUAUUCAAUGGUAGUGGUUUUGACUUUUUGGUUAUGAA